AUGUUGGGGAAAGCGGAGUCGAGAGGAAGGGAGGCGAAUAAUGGUGGGAACUCGCGGCAAAAGGAGAAGGGGUUUAAGAUCAAGGGAAGAGCUCAGACUGAGGAGAAAGAAAAAGGGCAAGAUAAGAAGAGCACCAGCAAGAACAAGUCGGGGAAUAAGCCAAUAUACCACGACUACGACGAAGCCACUAAAGGAGUUCCACAGCCGGUCCGAGAACAGCGAAAGACCGAUGGAGCCUGUGUGCGAUGUGGCCGAAAAGGUCAUCUUUGGAAAUGGUGUCGUUCAGAUGCUAACAGCAGUGCAUCUAUAUCUUCUUUCUCCCGAAAGCGUACCCGCGAUGACAAUGGCGACCACGAUAUGGAACCACCGGAACCCCAACCUCAGAGAAAGCGUAUGAGGCACCGCGCUAGAAAGCCGGCUGCUACGGCUGCUGCGGAGUACACCAGUAGGCAAGCGUUUGUGCGAGAACGCGGAUCGGAAUCUGAGAUGGAUUUCGACGAGGAUUUUUAA